UUGAGGGUGGAAAAAAAAAGCAGAGGAACUACUCCUGUUUACAACAACAUAAUGGAGCCCAAAUGGUCUAAUACCGUUUGCAAGCGUGUUUUACUGACUGGAUUUACGCUAUGUGUUGUAUUAGUCACAAAACCUACAUCGGCGAUCGACAUCCACGCCGAGCCAGAAGUGAUCGUACAGAACGGCACCACUGGAGUCCUGCGAUGCACCUUCAAGUCCAGCGAAGUGGUCAGCAGUACCACCUCAGUAACAUGGCGCUUUCAGUCGAGUCAGCCCGACAAUCAGUUCUCCAAAGCUCCGUACACGAUUUACUACUUUUCCAAUGGGAAAGGAUUCCCGGGACAAGACGAGUUCAAAGACAGAGUGCAGUUUGUUGGAGACAUCAACAAGAGGGACGUGUCAAUACAGCUGAGCCCGACUCAGUUCAGUGACAACGGCACCUUCUUCUGCGAUGUGAAGAACCCACCAGACGUAAAGGGAACGGAAGCUCGAACGGUGCUCAGGGUCGUUCUGAAAGAGUCUCUUCCUCAGAGCAACACUGCCCUUAUAGUCGGAAUAGUUUGUGGUGCUUUAUUUGUGCUCGUCGGCAUCGCUGUAGCUGCCUGCAUUGUCAUGAGGGUGCUGCACAACCGCCAUGAUUAUGAAGGAUGUACGUCCUUGGAAAGCGUGAGCUCUCAUGCUCCGCAGCCACGAAAGAAGGUGGAGUCCAGCCUGGAGGGCUCCAGGUGUACCGGUCCCUCGGGUCCACUACAGGGCCCGGUGAUAUACGCCCAGUUGGAUCACUCAGGCAGCAAAAACUCGUUCCAUAAGAUGGAGCCAGUGGUCUACGCUGACAUUCGUAAAAACUGAAGAGGAACCGGGGACCAAAAAAUAAAUAAAAACACAGUAAAGUAUGAGACCUCUCUAUCAGCUGCUCUUGGGAAGGGUGGGAAUAUAUCAACAGGGACAAAAAUUGGUGCAGUUUAUUUCGCUCUCUCUCUCUCUUUCUUUCUUGUUUUUUCCAUAUUUUGUCCUCUGAAAGCAUGAUGCUGUUCUAUGAUAAAGUCUCCAUGUGCUUUGUUGUGAAGAUGAAAAAACUAAGAAAACACAAGUUGAUAUCACUCCAUCACAUCAGCCUUGAAAUUGUUCUCCAAAACAGGGAUCAAAGUAAAAAUAAGAAUGCCUUCAUAGAUAUCAUUCCAAGUGUAAAAAUACUUUACUUUAUUCCUCGUAGCUUUGUGCCCUCGAACAAAAAAAAACCUUCUGCAGGCUGUUGCACCAACUCAAAAUGGUAAAUCUGAGAGUGCACUAACAAUCACUACCUAAGCUACCUGCAUCCAAACCAAGGAAAAGCUUUUCAAAACAUCAAGGCAAGAAUUGAUGUUUUAUCCAGAGAAGCAUUAAACUAAAAUGGAAAAGGAAGCCACUAUUAACUAACUAGAUAUAAAAAAAAAACAAAACAAGCAACGUAUUAUAUCACACGUUUGUUCGACCUUCAUCACCUCCUCGUUCAUCAAUCGCUUCGUGCGGUAUUUUGGUGCUUUAUAUUCAUGGCUGUGCGACCAGCGUGUCAUAAACUACAGAAACAUCAAUAAAUAUCAAAGAAAUUCUGCCAACGUCAAAACCUCAACUUACAUACUUCUGUUAUAAACAGCAGACUGUAGUUAUUCAUUAAAUGUGCAUGUCAGCCACAUCGUAAAUGUAAAACGAUAUCACGAACAAUAUGCUUCUCAUUGAUUAUAAGGAAAGAGUAAAGCUGGGCAGACGUUAUUCGUCAUGUUUGUUGCACUAACCUUACCUGCCUUUCUAGGCUUUGGUGCUCACACUGCAUCUGAUUUUAUUCAACAGUUUCCACCAUUUUUUUUUUUUUUUUUUUGGUGCAAAUGGUGCAGUUACACUCU